AGAGCAUGCCAGUGGGGUCGGACGUAAGAGGAGGGGAGCCACGGCUGUUUUAAAGUGUGUCUAUAUCGGGAUGUGGAUAAAUAUCACGGGGUCCACAACUCUGAGUAAUCACUCUAAACGUAGCCAGGCUACUUAAUCCAUCUGUAGCUGUUCACCGUUCAACUGCCUGACUGUGUGUCCGUGUCUGGCUGGCACUGAUAUUACUGGUGAGAGUUGCAGAGAGAGAGGAGCGGUUAAGUUUUCCACUUGCCGCCAUAUCAGAGGGGUCUCUCUCUCUCUCUCUCUCUCCGGGAUAUAUUUUCAUAGCGGAUUGACUGACAGGCAGCGUCCGUCAAAAACUAGCGGGUUCUCUUCUCUCCAGCGUGGGGCCCGCUUCGGGGAAACUAUGGGGAAAGAUUAUUAUAAAAUCCUGGGGAUAGUGAAAGGAGCGGCUGAUGAGGACAUUAAAAAGGCGUACAGAAAACAGGCUCUGAAAUGGCACCCGGACAAAAACAAGGCGGCCAACGCCGAGGAGAAAUUUAAGGAGAUCGCCGAGGCAUAUGAAGUCCUCAGUGAUCCGAAGAAAAGGGAGAUAUAUGAUCAGUAUGGAGAGGAAGGUCUCAAAGGAGGUCCCAGUAGUGGUCCGGAUGACCAGGGCAGCAACUUCACCUCCUACACAUUCCACGGAGACCCCCACGCCACCUUCGCCACCUUCUUCGGCGGCGCCAACCCUUUCGAGAUGUUCUUCGGACGCAAGGCUAACGGGCGCGGUCCGGGCGGAGACGACGAGGACAUGGAUGUGGACGGCAACGAUCCGUUCGGCUCCUUCACCUCGUUUAAUCUCAACGGGUUCCCUCGGGACCGCCACGUGGGGCUGGGCGGGCAGCAGAGGAGGAAGCAGGACCCUGCCGUUCAUCACGAGCUGCGCGUAUCGCUAGAGGAAGUGUUUCACGGUUGCACCAAGAGGAUGAAGAUCAGCAGGAAGAGGAUGAACCCAGACGGACGGACCAUGAGGACGGAGGAUAAGAUUCUCACCAUAGAGAUUAAGAGAGGUUGGAAGGAGGGAACCAAGAUCACGUUCCCUAGAGAAGGAGACGAGUCGCCCAAUACGAUCCCUGCUGAUAUUGUGUUCGUCAUUAAGGACAAGCCUCACAUGCACUUUAGAAGGGAGGGGUCGGACAUCGUGUAUCCGGUGAAAGUUAGUCUACGACAGUCGUUGUGUGGUUGCUCGGUGACGGUGUCUACAAUAGAUGGGAAGACGUGUAACAUGAAGAUCACGGAUGUGAUAAAGCCAGGCAUGAGACAGACUGUAGCAGGACAGGGCCUUCCCUUACCCAAGAACCCCGAGCAGAGAGGGGACCUGGUGGUGGAGUUUGACGUGAACUUUCCUGAGAGUCUCCCCAGCAACGCCAAGGAUGUCCUGAAGAGGCAUUUACCUGCUUCCUAGAAGAACAGACACACAGAGAGACAGAAAGACAGACACACACAGAGAGACAGACACACACAGGGAGACAGAGAAACACACAGACAGACAGACAGACAGACAGACAGACAGACAGACAGACAGACAGACUUUCAACCUCCUCUCUCUCCUCUCCUCCUCUCUCUCUCACCCUCCUCUCUUCUCUCUCUCUCUCUCUCCUCUCUCUCCUCUCUCUCUCCUCUCUCUCAUCCUCCUCUCUCCUCUCUCUCUCCUCUCUCUCUCAUCCUCCUGUCUCUGUCCUCUCUCUCUCAUCCUCUCUCUCUCCUCUCUCUCUCAUCCUCCUCUCUCCUCACACAUGAGGACAAUGAUGACUGUUCACAGAUCGAGGCCCUUUCUAAAGAAUGUGCAAUGUAUAUUUUUUAUCUGUUGGGUGUUUUGUCUAAAUACCACGCAUGCUGCGAAGUUGAUAUACGUGGAAGUAAAUGUGUUGAUAUUUGACAGUAAACAUUUGAUUAUUUGGGUCCUUCCCACAUUCACCUCAUGUUCCUUUCUGUUAUGUUUCAUUUGAUUUGGUGUGUGUCCCAAAUGGAACCCUAUUCUGUUCAUAUCCUCAUAGGACUCUGGUCUAAAGUAGUGCACUAUAUAUAGGGAAUAGGGCCCCAUAGGACUCUGGUCUAAAGUAGUGCACUAUGUAGGGAAUAGGGCCCCAUAGGACUCUGGUCUAAAGUAGUGCACUAUAUAGGGAAUAGGGCCCCAUAGGACUCUGGUCUAAAGUAGUGCACUAUAUAGGGAAUAGGGUUCCAUAGGGCUCUGAUCUAAAGUAGUGCACUAUGUAGGGAAUAGGGCCCCAUAAGACUCUGGUCUAAAGUAGUGCACUAUAUAGGGAAUAGGGUGCCCUUUGGGACUAGACAUAGUGUGUGCCACGGAAUGUAACAUUGAUUAUAUACUAUAUAAUGUAACACAAGACAAGGAUGUAGAGAUCUGAGGACCAAUGGGGUUUGUUCAGGAAGCAACUUGACUUGGUUUUAUACUGGCCCCAUUGUUCUGGAGAAGAUUCACAUUAAAUGUCCUGAGCAUUUGAAACAAAGUACUGUACAUAUUUUCAUAAUAAACAUUUGUAACUCUGAAAGGCAUACAGUACUUUACAAAUAAAACAUUUGGAAAUCUCGUUUA